AUGACAGUCACCUUCAUGAAGAAUGAGGAGACGAUGGCCAUGGCCACAGCUAGCAGUUAUAGAGCACAACUACAAACACUGAAGAAGAAGACAACAUUGAAGAAGGUUACAAUGAAGGAGAAUAAAGAGGGACAAAACCAAAAGAAUGCAAAUGUGAAGAAAAAGGAGGAGUUUGGUUCUCCAAUGGACAAAGAUAAGGUGAUGGUGGUGGCACCAACAACAGCCUUCAAGCCCUCCAACAACUCUAAUGCACAAAAGAAGAAGCAUACCAAUAACUACAAUGCAACCGAGGGCUUCUACUGCUACUACGGGUUUGGCCCAUCUCGUGGCAAGAAGUGUUGCAGUAACCAUCCAAAGAAAGAAGAAGAGGUGGAAGUGGAACCAUCCAAAUAUGCUUCUCCUCCGAGUCAUGCCAAAGUUGAGACUGAAGAUGGUACCAAUAAUUGGGCUACAACUUACGGUGAUGAUGCAUGCAACAACAAUAAUUUUGGAUGA